GGCCCUAUGUCCCUUCGUUUCUAUUAGUGGAAUUCGCCGUCCACUUUCCAAGAAGCCAAGAAGCGCACGGCCACCCCAUCAGUCACGUGGUUGGUUAGGGUGCAGUGACGUCACCAGAGACAGAUUUGUGAAGAAUAAACAGACUAGAGAACGAGCCCGAGGUGCGUCACUUUAUAUCGCAUCGUCCUUUCAUAGAGAGAGAGCAGAUAAUCUGUUCAAUAUUUUAGAGACCCAAUGCCUGGUCCCACCCAAGCACUGUCCCCAAAUGGAGAGAAUAACAACGACAUCAUUCCUACGGAUGGAUCCAACUGCAUUCCUUACAGAAAAAAUACAGUGCGAGGAGAGCGCGCCUACAGGUAAAUCAGUGCAAAUGCCGCAUUUGGCGUGGUUUCAUAGCAAGGCUUUGAGCACAAGGUUGCUGCAAAACCCUGAACAUUUGUUUCUCGAGCAUUGAAUGUUUUCCACGCCACGGUCUAGCUCUAUUUCGAUUAUGUUACAAUGUAUCAGCUCGUGCCAUAGUGCAUGUAUUGCCUUCUUGGUGACUUGUCAUCAAAUCCAACAUGUACGCGCUGUUUCUUAACCAUGGGGUAAAUCGUUGUAAGGAGGCCUCUGCAAGUUAACAAUUAUGCCAAAGCGAAAUACUUGACAUUUACAUUGAUAAACAGCACAAAUGAUGUGGCGAGUUGGAAAUAGGACCGUUGUUGAAGAGACUACCCCGUUCGCUUGCUUCAUUGUCAAAUACACGGUCACUGUCUUGACUAUAACGUUAAUGAUUGCAAAUAGCUGCUAGAAUAUUCUUGUUGGCCCUACCCUACCUAAUCGUGUGUUCUGGGAAAAGGGGCACCGUUACUGUCGUAGCUAUUCCUUGUAUUAUAUGACAUGGUUUUAAAACCAGUCUGUUCAAAUGAUAAGCUCUUCUGUCUGGUUCAAGUAUAGCCAAUGAGCUAACUGGCUAACAAAGCUAGCAGUACAUCCGCUUUGUUGACACGAGAACUGCUGUCCUUUUUAUCAGUGCGCAAUCAAUGAAAGAGGAUAGUUCGAAACCGAAACUCCAGUCCAAAUUUGGUCAAUUUGGGUCAUUCGAAUAAAUUACGCGCUUGAUGUAAUUGUAGCCUAACGUUAGCUGUUACCAUAAUUCAAUCAAAUGGAAAUGCAUUGUCCUUUGUCGUUAACUGGCCAGCCCUCCUUGUUAUCUGUGACAGCGGGAUGUAAGAUCAUUAGCUAAGUGUUUGCGUUUGGUAUGGUGGAGCGAUAGAACACUAGACAUUAGAACACUAGACAUUAGUAGGCCCGUUAUUAUUUCUGAUACCCAUCUGAGAAUAUGAAAUGCUGCAUUAACAACUCAGGUCUUACAUUUUGACGUUAUGUGCUCCAGCCUCAUCAUUUAGAAUGAAAGAAUUCCAAAUACCAAAACGGUGAAAAGCGUUAUUUUGUUGCACUUUACAAUGUUCUUGCAUAAUGUAGGCUACACUCGUCAAAGACCAUGUUUGAAGUUACUGUGAUCACUAUGGGGGAUCAACAGUUUCACACAUUAUACUAUUCAUGCUAUUUGUUUGCAGUGUGAGAGCUUACACCACUUUCAUUUCACUUUGCUCCAUUGAUGUUUCUGAAGAUUACAUAUCAACACUCACAACAGCCAGCUUCAUUAUGAAGAUACGUUUUUAAUUUGUUAUCCUCAUGCAAUGUGCUCCUCCUUAUCACGUGUAGAUUUUGUAGUACAACUAUACUCAAACUUCGCUCAAAUUCAAUACUCUCCUGAAUGCCUUUUCCAUAUCUGUUUGAGCCCUCUCCUGUUAUGAGUGUAUUUGCGUGUUUCGUGUUGAUAGUGUGUAUCCAUUUCUGCUAAAUCAGACAUCCUGUAUCUUAUAAUUGCGUUACUAACAUGUUAUUACAUUACUGGACAUAACAUGGGAUAUGUGUGGCUUAAUUUCGUACACUAUCUAGUAGCUGUGGUUAUAGGCCUAGGUUUAGUGGCUUGCUGUCGAAUCAGUGAGUUUACCCCUUGAUGGUUUGUAUUGUUGUUGUCUGCAUUGCUUAAUCUUUGCUACUGCAUCUCUCUAUGUUUAAUGGUAGUAGUUGAAAAUUAUAUGGGGGGUUUUAUCUGUUGGUCAACAAUUGUGUGUACAGAAUGUUGGCUAACCAUUAUGUAAAAGGAAUAAAAAUGUUUUCCCUUAUUUUGAGAUGGUGAUGUUUUGGAGAAAGUUAAUUGUAACUGUCUGAGAUAUGCCUUCCUGUCUUUUGCAGUUGGGGGAUGGCGGUCAACGUAUAUUCUACCUCAAUAACCCAGGAGACUAUGAGCAGGCAUGACAUCACUGCCUGGGUUAACGAUCUUCUCGGUCUGAACUACACUAAAGUGGAGCAGCUCUCCUCAGGUAAGAAGAAUUACCCUGUUAAUGUGCUGCAAACUGUUCUUCCUCCCAGAGCCAAGGACCUCAGGAUAUAGGCCUAGCAUAGGAAGGGAGAUUCAGGAUGAUACUAUAGGUAUUGGAAGAGAGAGAGAGAUGGCCAUACUUUUCCUCUCUGAUACGCACAACAUCUGCUAAUAACCCUGUAAUAGGUAUAGUAGCAUGUAUAAUCAAAGAAACCUGGUGUAACCCCAACCUUGCUCCUAACCUAACCUUGCUCUGACAGAGAAGACGGACUGUGCUAUUAAUAAAACUAGUUUGCGCACUUGCUGUGUCUACCAUGCCAUGGCUGCCCCAAGUAAUCCAAUCUCUCUUGAACCACACACAGUCCAAUUGCACACGUGGUCCUCUGUAGCUCAAUUGGUAGAGCAUGGCGCUUGUAACGCCAGGGUAGUGGGUUCGAUUCCCGGGACCACCCAUACGUAAAAAUGUAUGCACACGUGACUGUAAGUCGCUUUGGAUAAAAGCGUCUGCUAAAUGGCAUAUUAUUAUUAUUUAUUAUUGCAAGGUGUGCUAAUGGUACUAAUUUGAGGUUAAAGCUGCUUGUCAGUUCCAUGGUCUCUAGUCUGUCUCUUUUAAUUGAGAGGAUGUGUUGUGCACAGGUUUGCUAAUGGCAGUACCAUGAAACACUUCCAUGAAGCAUAUACCUGAAAAAUAUCAUUAGUUUGCACUUGUAUCAGAAGAGAAACAAGCAGUAAUUUUUGUGUCACACAUCUUCAUUCCUUUCUAGGAGCGGCCUACUGCCAGUUCAUGGAUUUGCUAUUCCCUGGCUGCGUCCAUCUUAAGAAGGUUAAGUUUCAGGCUAAAUUCGAGCAUGAGUACAUUCACAACUUCAAGCUGCUGCAGGCCUCCUUCAAGAGAAUGAAUGUGGACAAGGUGAGAAGAUGAGGCUGAGUAGUGUCCUGAUGGGACCUACCGUAGCUACUAAUGGCAGUUCACCAUUAGAUAGGGCUUUAGUUGAAUUGGCAAGCCUACGCUAUAUUCGAUAGAACACACACACACACACACAACUUUCCUACAUUGUUUUAUUCUCAUUUUUCAUGUCACGUGAAGUGCAGAUUAUUAAACAAUUACCCCAAUAAUUUUUUCUUGAUAAUUUAUUUCCUCUUCUCCUCUCUAAAGAUUAUUCCUGUGGAAAAGCUUGUGAAAGCCAGAUUUCAGGACAACCUUGACUUCAUCCAGUGGUUUAAGAGGUUCUUUGACGCCAACUAUGACGGUAAAGAUUACGACCCACUUCAGGCCAGACAGGGUCAGGAUGCCAUCCCCCCACCUGACCCCGGUGAGCAGAUCUUCAACCUGCCAAAAAAGUCCCAACACCACGCAGCCAGCUCCCCCACUGCAGGUAAGACCAGCUACCUGAGGGGUAUAAUACAAAGCAGGAUCAAUGACUUAGCCAGAUAACUUUCCUAAAUAUUCGGAAAUAACGGUUUAUUUAAAAAAAAAAAAUAUGCGCUUGAAAUUAGCUUUGUUCUAAUUGACUCAACCAAAAACACAUACAUUUAGCUUUCUUAAUGAACCAGAACAUUUGUUGUUAAUUCUGGUUGUUUAUCAAAGUUAGCUGGCUAACUCAUUGAUCCUGUUUUGUAGGAUACCCAUCUGGACAGCAGACAUUGUUUAUGUAGAUUAGGAAACUGACUGAGGGUGUUUUCACGUAUAGGUGUCUUUUAAAGUGAACUCUGGGGUAAAGAAAAAUGCUAAAGAACUAUGUUAUUUUUGUAUUCACACUGCCCUUGCCUUUGAAUAAGGACUCAACUCCUUUGCCAGUUCACUGGUCCGAGUCCUCUUCCCAUUCACAUUGCUAUGUUUAUUAAGGAACCAAGAUCUUUUUCCAACAUUUACUCAAUGUACUUAUUAGGGUUUUUACAAAGUGCAUGACAAGCCUUUCUAUCAGAUAAUGUUAUUGGACACCUAGAUAUACUUUUUGGAAGCUAAUAGAUUGCAUUUAGUUAAAAGAUGGGACAUAUAAUUAUAAUUUGAAGAUUUUAACAUGUAAAUAUUAUUGGUAACAGAAUAAAUAGCAGAAGAAUACUGCAGAUUAAAUAACACUAAUUUAAAAUUGUACACCCAAUGUAGGCCACUGGCCCUUUAAGAGCUAGUGUUGAUUUUAUGGUUAGUGCUAUCCGGGAUCUUUGGGACAUCCCUACCCUAAAUCCUUUCCUUAACCCUUAACUAUUUUAAAUGUCAACUUCCAUGGGGUAACGUCAGAGUUGGGACGUCCCAAGGAUUCCGGAUAGCACGUAUCUUGAUUUUGUACCCAAUGUUGUGAUUCUCACCAAAUAUGUUGUCUUCUCAUAUUAUUCAAACCCCACAAUCGAAUAAACAGCGUAUGAAGCUUUCUUAGCCUAUAGAUCACAUAUGGCAAACAAAUAAUCUGAACAUCGUGUCAGAACUCUCGAGAUGGUCUCAGUUCGGUUCGCUUCAGGGGCUCUUUUGAGGGGUCUGAUUACCUUUGGAGUGUUCACACUGAACAAACAAUUAAGCAAACCGCAUUGAGUUCACAAAAAUUGUCUGAAAGGGACCAAGUGUGAACACCCUGACAUGACCAGAUAGGUUAGAAAAUGUAAACAAUCUUUGUGUUCAGGAGCCACCAGGGCGAGUGCAACAACCCCGAAACAAAACCCCUGCAGCCCCCAUCCAUCCUCCAGACCCUCUUCAGCUAAAAGAAUCCCAGUUGCAACUCCAACGACAACUCCGGCCAAAGGAGAGCGGGAACUAGAAGCACAGGUCACAGUGCUCAACGACCAGGUAUAAAGUCACUACUACAGCAUAAUUACAACUUAAUAUAUGUAAGUUACUACAACAGCGUCAUUACAACUUAAUAUAUCGAAGUUGGACUCACUGGUAAGAUUCGUAAGAAGGAUGUGUAUGUAUUGUUUUUGGCAAAACCAAAAUAACAAGUAAUUACAAACUGCCUUGAAUGAUAAUUCCAUAAUCCUGAUUUUACAAGGAUUAGAUUACUGUUAAACCCUAAACAUGAAAAUGAUCCAAGUAAUAAGCAGUUGAGGAUCAGAGGAACAGCGGCGUAUUACAGCUAUAUUUUUAAGACGGUGCACUGUCCAACUUUGUGACCAUCUUGUAUUUUAUUGACAAUGGGAAAAUCAUUAAUACUGCACAUCAUUUUACAAAACAGUUUCCACACAGUAUUGCACAGACAAUUGUGGUGUGUGAAGUAAAACAAAUAGAUUAUAGGAUUAUCAAUUUGUCUGUGCAAUACUAAUACUACUUUGCCUCAUUUUGUGUACAGGUGAACACAUUAAAACUUGCACUUGAGGGGGUGGAGAAGGAGAGGGACUUUUACUUUGGAAAGCUGCGUGAUGUUGAGGUGCUGGCACAGGAACAGGGUCAGGAGAGCGCCCAGUUCGUGGAGCGACUAAUGGAGAUUCUGUACUCUGCAGACGAACAGGUCAGUCGGCUGUUAUUGUUUGGCUCUUCAUUGAUUUGAUCAUUCAUAGGAAUUUCCCAGAGGCGAUUGGGUGUGGGUUGCUGUUGUGCAACAUUUGUUUAAGAUUCUAGAAGGUUGGUACUGGAUUGGAUAGCAAAUGUUUUGCUAAUUGUUCAAGGACCUCAUUUUCUUUGUAAUCACAGGCCUUUGUUUGCUAAAUGGCUUAUUAUUAUUAUUAUUAUUAUUAUUGAUCGUUUAAUUGAUUUAGGUUGCUGGUGCUGAAAAGACCUAUGGUGGCUGUGGCCCUGACAUUUUGCUAUGACCGCUUGUGUCCCCUCAGGAAGGUGCAGGAGAGGUGGAUGGAGAGGAUGUGGAUCCAGGGGUCCAUGAAGAGGAUGUUCCUGAUGAUCAGCAGGAUGAGUACUGACUGCCAUCACUCCAUGUCCUUGUCCCUGGCCACGGCCCCGUCCCCACCACAACACCAUGCCCUUUUGUUUUGUGAGAAUUUUGUUACAGGUUUUAUUUUUUGGUUUAUUUUUUAUUUUAAAAAAUGUUCCCUCAUGGUUUGUUUAUUUUUUGUUCUCCUGAAGACUGAGCACAUGAAGCAACCUCAUGCAAAGAAACACGACCCUCGUUUUCUUUUUUAGAUAUUCCUCUGCCGUUCUGCAUUCUGUGUGUUAUUGUGACUGUUGUGAAAUGCUGUGGGCAGGUGGCUGUUAUUACAUACCGCCACAUGCAGACAAGCUCAGAACAUCACAGAAGUUUCCAAGGACAGUGACAAAGGGUGAAAAAAAGAAGUCAUCCAAAAUUCUAGAUGUGACGAAAUAUUGUAGUAUGGAGUGGACAGAUAGUGUUUUUAUCUGUCAGCAUGUGUAACGUAUGUUGCCAGCUUCGGUCGGUCCCAUGAUCCAUCCAUUAUGUACGUUGUUUCAAAGUUAUUGUUUAUCUUUUACAUUUUUACAUAUCAACCAUAUUAAUCAUGAGAAUGCAAUAAGAAAACACCCUGAAGGGCCCAUAGUAUCUCAUAUUUAACCUUCCUCCAUAUGUUGCACUGAUAUUUGACUCUGGAAUGGACAAUAUGUCCAUAGACUCACAAUUCACACAAUUACAAAUUAAUUACAAAAACAAUAAUUUGGAAAAGACUUGAUAUUGCCUCUAUAUGAAGUGAGGCAGUACAGUCCAUGAGAAUCAUGAAUUAAAAGUAGUGAGUUAGUCACAUACUUGUCAAAAUUGGUCUAUCUUUAUAAAUUCAAAGAAUUCUGAUAAAUUAAUCAGUGUACUCAAAAAUGCCUAAUUUGCACCAGAUUUGGUGCUUCAGUGACAUAAACAAGGUUGAUUCAUUAUGGCUUCAUCAUAAGGGAAGGGAGCUAAUUUUAGUGUAGACUAGUAUGACCACAAUGAACAUUAUUUUCAACUUUAGUUUUAACAGCAACUAGCCACCUUCGUAUUCAAUGGAAGUCAGGUAUAUUUCAGAUGUUUUCAUAUGAUUUUUGAACCACAUGUCUUAGGGAAAGUUGUGAGUCAGUUCACUGAGUAAUUUGACAUACUAUAUUCCAAGUACGUA